UCAGGUACAAGGACGGCAAGGUGAUACAGAAGAACAGUGAGCGUGUGAAGACAUACAACGAGGUGACUGGCACGUACGAGCUGGUGAUUGACAAGGCGACUCUGGACGACACAGGCUCGUACUCUGUUGUUGCCACCAAUGAGCUGAGUCAAACCUCCGAGUUCUGUAAAGUGGAGGUGCACAGCCCCCCGGAGUUCGUCAAGACCAUGACUAAACACCUGGAGGUCAGCGAAAACGACACGGUCACAUUCCAAGUCAAGGCUCGCGGUGACCCCGCCCCCACCGUCAAGUGGUUUAAGGAUGGCAAGGAGCUGAAACAUGAUGGAGGUCAUAUCCAGAUCAGCGAAGAUGGAGAGACCAAGACAUUGGUGGUCCACAAAAUCAACCGGAAAGACACUGGAAAGUACUCAUGUGAGAUCAGCAACAUCUACGGCAGCAACAAAGAUGAGGGAGAGAUGUUCGUGAGGUGCUGUCCACAGUUCCGCACAAAGCUGACUGACCAGAAGGCUAAUGAGGGAGACACUAACGUAGAGUUCACAGUAAACAUCGAAGCGUUCCCCAAGCCCAACGUCAAAUGGUUCCACAAUGAGGUUGAGAUAACGGAGAAGAAGACAGAGUUUACGAGGAUUGAGGAGGGUGACAACUACAAACUUAUAAUCAAAGAAGUUACAACAGAACUCUCCGGAAAGUACACUUGCAAGGUGUCCAAUGAAUUGGGAAAAGAGGAGACUAGUUCUAAGUUCACUGUUUACUCCAAACCGAAGUUCUCAAAACCAUUGCCAAAAGACGUCAAGGUGGAUGAAGGUGCCAGUCUGACACUCCAGAUAGAGGUGGAGGGAACACCUGAGCCCACAGUGAAAUGGUUCAAGAACGGACAAGAGCUGUCAGGUGAUGCACACAUCAAGAUCUCACGUGACACCCAGCGUGUGGAGAAUUACAACAUGACCUUUACUCUGGUCAAGGUCGCAGAUGGUGGGGAGUAUGAGGUCCGGGCAUCUAACGAGAUGGGAACAGCCAUCACGAAGACUACGGUCCUGGUGCAGACCAAGUCCACGAUGGUGGAGGAGGAGGGCCUGACCGCUGCAGAGGUGACGGAGAUGGAGGUGAACGAGAUGGAAGUAGUGGAGGCUGAGGUGGAGGAACCACCACCACCACCACCUCCCAAGGAGAAAACACCACCACCACCUCCCAAGGAGAAAACACCAGUGGAGGAACCGCCAGUGGAGAAACCUCCUGUUGAAACUAUUGAGAAAAAGGAAGCAAAACCUGAGCCCCCUAAGAAACAGAAAACAAAAGAGGUCGAGAAACCAAAACCAGAGGUAGCCAAAGUGGCCACUCCAAAGGAGGCGGUGGCUGAAGUGAUAGAAGAACCUAAGGUUGCCAAAACUGAUGAAGUUGAGGCUCCAACAAGAGGGGCUAAAGAUGAGAUCGAGCCGCCACCUAAAGAGGAAAUCAAAAAGGUUGAGCAGCCACCGCCACCCAAAGAGGAAGUUAAAAAAAUUGAACUGCCACCACCUCCCAAAGAAGAAGCCAAGAAAGUGGAACAACCACUGCCUCCAAAAGAGGAAGUCAAAACCGUUGAGCAGCCAUCACCACCCAAAGAAGAUGUCACUGUGGUGGAACAGGAAGUCAAACCUAAAGUGGCGGAAAAGGAAGGAGGCUUCCUACCAGAAAAGGUCUCUAUCGAAGAUAUUGGUGAAGAAGAACGAGACUCUUUUGACAAGGGAUUCAUUAAAGGGGGCAGUUUCACCUGUGUUGAGGUUAAAUUGGACAAUUUAAACCUGGAUGAUUUGCCGAACAACAAUUCAGGCAUAAUAGAAGAGUUUUCUGAGAGUGAUGACAGAGGUGUUCGCUUGGCAAUUAGCCGCAAUGUUUCUAUUGUGUCUGUUUCUGAGGAUGAGAGUUUGAGACAGACACCAUUACCUGUGGAUACUCCAGAAACUGAGACGGCAAAACUGUUCACUUUUGAAAGAACAGAAUCAAUGGAGAUCAUAACGAAAACAACAGUUGAGAAAGUACCUAAACGUCAUAAUGCUAAAUUUUGGCAGGGAGAGGAAAAUGAAUUUUUGGAAUCAGAUAGAUCGAAGAAAAUUAACAUUGAAGAUAUAAAGUCCAGCAGCACUAUGAGGUCUGCUAAAAGAAUGUCUGUUGAGGAGAUAGAGGAAGUAGAGGGGUACUGUAAGGAGAAUGGAAGGCUGUUUAACAAUCAUGAGGAAUUUUCCUCUUCCAGAAUAUCAGGAGAGGCAUAUGUAAAUGGUGACACUGAGAACAAACCAUCAUCUCGUAAGGCAUCUGUAGAAAGAAGAGAAAGUUUUUCAAGAGUUGAAAUAAAAAAGAUUUCAGAAAGUAGAAAAUCAUCAGUUGGUCAAUUAUUUAACGAAAUAAACAGAGCAGAAAUGUUUGAUGACAUAGGGUCCAUUUCUAAUGGUGUAAAAUGUGAAACACUUGAAAAAGUGGAGAACUCUCAAUGUGAAAUGAAAGGAAUGGAUAGCAGCGGUGAAACUCCCCAGAGAGGAAGACGUGAUAGUAAUGAUGAAAACACAGGUGAUUCAAGAACAGAUGAACUUAUAAAAAAAAUUAAAAGGCAAAGGAGCAUUCUUGAGGAAAUACUAGACAAGGAAGGAGAGCGAAAUGUUGAAGCGGCUCCUGAGAUUCUAUCUUCAGACAUGAAGGACCGAACUGUCUAUGAGUCGUUAUCCACCAUCUUCCAAGUGGAGGCCAAGGGAGUGCCUAGGCCAGAUGCUAAAUGGUACAGGGAGAAUGACGAGCUAAAGGUGGAUGACCACACUAAGAUCUCAGAGCAAGGCCAGAAGUAUACGCUGGAACUGAAGAAGAUCAGACCAGGUGAUGCUGGGUUCUACAAGUGCAAGAUCAUCAAUAGGCUGGGCGAGAAGGUGGAGAAUGCACAGUUAUCAGUGUUGUCUGAGGCAUCCCUAAGAGAACCCAAGUUCAAGACACCAUUAAAACCUCAGGUGGUCCCCAAAGGGGAUGAUGUCACCUUCACAGCUGUCCUCACAGCCGAUCCUGUACCAGAUGUGAAAUGGACUAAGGAUGGACAUGACAUCGAUGCCAGGUUUACAAUAUCCAGCAGCAACAAGGACGUGCAGGAUGGGCUAAAAGAGUGCACAUUCACGCUGAACAUCCCAGCUGGCAGGCACGAAGACACUGGCGAGUACAAAAUUGUGGCAACCAACAAGUGGGGCUCGGCAGAGAGCAGCGCUCGGCUAGAUAUGGUGUUCACUCCAGAGAUCAUCUGCUUCAAGGACGCCACAGGAAUACCAUAUGAAGAAGUGGAGCUGGUAGCCAACAUCCUGGCCAACCCUCGUCCAAACAUUACUUGGUUGGCUGGAUCUAAGGUGGUGGCGAACAAUGAUCACUCCAUCAUCGAGAACGACACGGUGGCCGAGGUGUAUAAACUGACUUUGAAGAACCUUGGAACAGAUGACGAGGGUGUCUACACAGUCAAAGCCUCUAACAAUGUGGGAGAAUCGUCCGCCCAAGCCAAGCUCACUGUCCACACCGAAAAGCCAGCACUGUUGAAGCAACUGGACAGCCAGACGAUCAAAGAUUAUCAUCCUGUGGAGUUCAAGAUCAGGGCUACAGGGGUACCCAGGCCCCAGAUCACUUGGUACAAGGAUGACCAGAAGCUGGAGUCUAGCAGCUCGUUGACCAUCGAACACACAACAGAAGGCCAAGCCUGCAGCACCCUCUCCAUCCCCCACUUCUCUCCUGCAGACGUUGGCCAGUAUACUGUGAAGGCAGCCAACCUGGCAGGUGAAGCAGAGAGCUCUGCAAUGCUCAAGAUGGCUCAGAUUCCACCCAGCUUUUCCAAGACCUUGGACCGUAGUGUGGACUUGGCGGAAGGUGACCCUCUUGAACUUAAGGCCAAGGUGGACGGCAGCCCUAUGCCCUCCAUCAAAUGGCUGAAGGAUGGAGAACCUCUGGUGCCCAGCGAACGUGUGAAGAUCGUAGUGGCCCCUGAUGGCUCAGUAAAGCUCUCUAUAGACAACAUGCAGCCCGCAGAUUGUGGAGCCUACAAGCUUCUGGCUAUCAAUGACAAUGGGGAAAGCUCCAGCAUCUGCGCAGUUGCAGUCCAACCGGAGGCUCGUCAUCCCAAAUUUACAAAGGAGUUGUCUGACGCAAAAGCUCUGGAAGGGGAACCACUAAAGCUGGAGGCACAAGUGGUGGCCUUCCCUCCACCAGAGGUGAAGUGGACGAAGGAUGGACAUCCUCUAAGAGCUUCUCCUCACGUGAUACUGAGCUCCACUCCAAGCGGACUGGUCACCUUAGCCAUCGACAAGGUCAAGCCGGAGGACGCAGGCAGCUACGAGUUGACAGUGUCCAAUCGUCUGGGUGACAUCAAUACCAAGGCCAAGGUGGAGGUGGGCCAGAAAGAGAAGAAACCAACAUUCCUUGCCCAACUACAACCAGUUUCAGUUGUUGAAGGAUUCCCUGCCAAAAUGGAAGUCAAAGUUUCUGGCCAUCCACCACCAAAAAUUUCUUGGUUCCUGGAUGGCAAGCCCAUUGUGCCUGAUGGAAAGCACAUCAAGAUUGUAGAUGGCCCUGACGGACAGCAGAGUCUAGUCAUUGACAAGGCCUCGCCCCAGGAUGCUGGCACUUACUCUGUCACUGUCAGCAAUCCUCAAGGAGAGAUCACCAGUCAGGCUCCCCUGGCGGUCACAGCCAGAGCGAAGAAGGACGCACCAGAAGAACCUCCAAAUUUCCCCAAGGGACUCCGAGAUGCUGUAGCUGAUGAGGAUUCUCCUCUCACAUUCUCGGCACCCUUCCUGGGCAACCCUGUCCCUGAUGUCGCCUGGACCAAGGAUGGAGUCCCCCUGGAGCCUAGCAGUCGCAUCAGCAUGACGUGUGAUGGCACGAAGGUUGGACUGGAGAUCAACCCCUGCAAGCCUGAGGAUGCAGGCACCUAUAGCUGCAAACUGACUAACCCCCUAGGAGAAGCUAAGGAAGAGGCUAAGGGCACUGUUCGUAAAAUCUAUCAGAGACCUAUCUUCACACAGAAGUUCAACGACCUACAACAGUUGCCGACUUAUGACGCCAAGCUGACGGGACGGGUAACAGGUGUGCCAAAGCCAGAGGUAACAUGGUACAAGGAUGACAAGCCGAUCUCCGAGUCAAACAAGUAUCGGUUGAAGCGUGACGGAGACACUGUCUGCCUGUACGUGCAAGACUGCUGCCCCGCAGACACAGGCAUAUACAAGUGUGUGGCCUACAACCGCGAGGGAGAGGACACCUGCAAAGCUGAGCUGGAAGUUGUAGACAAACUGGAACGGAAGCCGAAGGCAGAGCCACCGAUGUUCCUAAAGAAGAUCGGUGACUGUGAAGUGUUCAAGGGGAUGACAGCCAAGUUCACAGCAUGUGCCAUGGGCUACCCAGAGCCAGAUGUGGAGUGGUUCCGUGGGAAUGACAAGCUAUUCCCCAGCGAGCGCAUUAGGAUAGAGCGCGAGGGCACCGGUCUGUUGCGGUUAUCUAUCAUUGGUGUUGACCCUACGCUGGACGUUGGACAGUAUCGUUGCCGCAUCUUCAACCCACAUGGGGAGGAGAGCUGUGAGGCACACAUGGUCUACGAUUCUCUCGACAUUCGACCCCGCAAGCCCAUCGGAGAGCAGUACGUUGACUUUGACAAAUACCAGAAGAGUGGAGCACCGCUGCCGCUUAGUGACAGACCAAUCAUUAGUCGCAUGACAGAUCGACGGCUCACCCUCUCUUGGAAACCCUCCAUCCCCAUCGGUCCCCGUGACCCAGUCACCUAUCAGGUCGAGAUGUGCGAGCUGCCCAGUGGUGAAUGGUUUACUGCGAGAACUGGUGUGAGAAGUUGUGCCUGUGACAUUGCAAACUUGGAGCCAUUCAGGGAUUAUAAAUUCCGUAUUCGUGUGGAGAACAAAUAUGGUGUCAGUGACCCUUCACCAUUUGCUCAAACAUACAGACAGAAGCUGGAGCCUGACCCACCAAAGUUCAUUCCAUAUCUGCCACCUGGUAUCGACUUCAGGCCUGAGACUUCACCCUACUUUCCAAAAGACUUUGACAUUGAAAGACCACCCCAUGAUGGAUAUGCUCAAGCUCCCAAGUUUCUACGGCAAGAACAUGAUGCUCAGUAUGGAGUGAAGAACCACAACUGUAAUCUGUUCUGGUUUGUGUAUGGUUAUCCCAAACCUAAGAUGACAUAUUUCUUCAAUGAUGAACCCAUUGAGAUGGGAGGUCGAUAUGAUUCCAGCUACACACGAAACGGACAAGCUACACUGUUUAUCAACAAGAUGCUAGACAGAGACGUGGGCCUGUAUGAGGCGGUAGCCACCAACGAGCAUGGUGUGGCGCGUCAGCGUGUGCGUCUCGAGAUCGCAGAGUACCCAGAGUUCUUGCAGCGGCCUGAGGAGACUAUCGUCAUGGUACGGCGCUCGGGACGCAUUGAGGCUCGUGUCAUCGGUGUGCCGUAUCCAGAAAUCAAGUGGUAUAAAGACUGGCAACCACUCACCUCCUCCAGCCGUAUCAAGAUGCUUGCACAGCCAAUUCACAUCCUCUCGGGAUUCGGCGGUGAGAAGGGCAAUGACAGCACCAACAAGAUCCAACAUAUAGAGCCUGACUUGUGCAUCUUGGUGAUCAAUGACGCCAUCACCAAAGAUGAGGGCCUGUACAGCAUCUCUGCAAGGAAUGUGGCUGGAAGCAUCUCCUGCUCCGUGAUGGUGAGAGUGGAGGAGAGCGAAGCAGACUACGGCUACCUCACGUACAGCAAGGGUCGCAACAUCAGGCCCAAGACAAAGCUGCUGGGAGAGUUCUACGACCUGGGUGAUGAGCUUGGUCGUGGCACUCAAGGCAUCACUUACCAUGCUGUUGAAAGGCUCAGUGGUCGCAACUACGCUGCUAAGGUGAUGCAUGGCAAAGGAGAACUCCGUACCUUCAUGCGCAAUGAACUCGAGAUGAUGAACCAGUUGAAUCACAAGAAGUUGAUAAGACUCUAUGAUGCCUAUGAGAGCCCGCAUACCUUCACUCUAGUCACUGAAAUCGCGUCUGGUGGUGAGCUCUUAUACAACUUGACGAAGCAGACUUUCGUUACAGAAUCUGAGAUUGCUGGAUACAUUCGUCAGAUUCUAUGGGGUCUGGAGCACAUGCAUGACCAAAACAUAGCCCAUCUGGGUCUUACUCCCGGUGACUUGCUGAUCUCACAUCCAGGUGGAGAUGAUCUAAAGAUCUGUGACUUUGGACUGGCCAGGAGAAUUGCGUAUGCUAGACUGGCUCCGUUGGAGUAUGGUAUGCCUGAGUUCGUGGCACCCGAGAUCGUGAAGGGUGAGGGCGUAGGUUUCUCCGCAGAUAUGUGGGCUGUGGGUGUAAUCACACACUUGUUGCUCACUGGUGUGUCAUUAUUCCGUGGGGUGGAUGACCGUACCACCCUCACUAAUGUGAAGGAGAACCGCUGGGAGUUCCGGGAGGACCUGUGGACGAACCUAUCCACUGAGGCCAGGGACUUUGUCAGCAAGCUGCUGGUUUACGAUGCGGAGGGCCGGCUUGACGUGAAGGCGGCACUCAGGCACCCGUGGCUUAACCGAGCUGACAAGAUGCCACCUAACCAGUACAACAUCACCACUGACACGCUCAGGAACUAUUACAACCUGCUUAAGGACUGGUACAGCAAUGCGUCAUGUCGUACAUGGUAUCGUCGCAUGCCACUGGAGGGCGCCUACACCCACCCCUCUAAGAUGGUGUACCCACCAGGGCGAGAAUAUACCCCCGAUGCUACACCCCCACCGGACCGCACCCCAAAGUCCACCACUCCCCGUACUUGGGAGGACCACAUUCCCUCCCGCCAACCCUUGGACUACGAGCUGGGCCUCAUCAAGUCCGAGAGCCACUACCAGAGUGGGCCGGACACUUACUUGCUGCAGCUGCGAGAUGUGGACUUCCCUGUGCGGCUGCGAGAGUAUAUGAAGGUGGCAGCUGACCGCUGUCCACUCUCGCGUGACUACAAUGACCGUGACAACCCUCACAUUGAUUGGCGUAUGCCAGUGAUCCGAGAGCGGCGACGUUUCACAGACAUCAUGGACGAGGAGAUCGAUGACGAGCGGAAGGAGCGUAUCAACCGCUAUGGUUCUCCCGACACCUACACACUGCGGCGACUGCGACAUGAACUGGGCACAAGGCCAGAGUCACACGUGGAAGCUGAGGCACUGCUCUCGGCCAGGCGUGAGGGCAUGGCUCCCUUCUUCAGGGAGAAACCACAGAUUCUGCCGAUAGAAGAGGACAAGCCUGCCCAGCUGGUCUGUUAUGCCGUAGGGGAUCCCAGGCCCAUUGUCCAGUGGUUCAAGAACGACAUGGUGAUAACGGAGAGUCACAGGGUCAAGAUCCUAGAGGAUGAUCUUGGUAGAUCUAUCUUGCGAUUUGGUCCUGCACACGCCAUAGACAUGGGCAUCUACAAGGUGACAGCUCGCAACAAGAGUGGGCAGACAAUAGCACGUUGCAGGGUGGUGUUGGCAGAAACUCCACACGCUCCUGAUUCCCCCGACGCCUCCGAAAUCUCAGGCAAUGAGAUAUUGCUGAGGUGGAAACUUCCCAAGAUUGACGGCAACUCACCUAUCAUCUGCUACAAUGUCCAAUACAAGGAGUCAGAUGAUGUUGACUGGAUUGAUGCUGCCAGUAAUAUUGACCAUGAGUUCUACCUUGUCCGCAACCUCAAACCUAAUACCAAUUACCAGUUCAGGCUUGCCUCAAGGAACAAGAUAGGCUGGAGCGAGAAAGGGAUACCAACAAAAUCAAUAAAAACUCUGGAAGAAGGAGCACCCAAGGUCCAGCUGUCUCGGACCAUGAGACAUCUCCAGGACAUAGUGGAGAGUGGUCAGGAAGUUGUGCUGGAGGAGUCCAAAUCCCACCUGGACUACAGGGUGGAGAAGAGUCCAAUCCACUGGAGCCAUGAACAGCCGACCGAUAAAUACAAUUAUAUCUCGGAAAUCUCAAGGGGAAGGUUCUCAGUGGUGGUGAAGGGGAUCAACAAGAGCAGCGAUGAGGUGAUUGUCGCCAAGCUGCUGGAGUACCGGCCAGACACGGAGAUGCAGGUGGAUGCAGAGUUCGAGGCCAUUCGCUCACUGCGGCAUGAGCGCAUCGCCUGCCUCAUCGAGGCAUACAAGCCGGCCAACAACACAGUUGCGGUACUCAUACAAGAGAAGCUGCAAGGUGUAGACGUUCUCACUUACCUGUCGAGUAGACAUGAGUAUACAGAGCAGACUGUUGCCAACAUAGUCACACAGAUCCUGGAUGGCCUGCAGUACCUCCACUGGCGCGGUUAUUGCCAUCUGGACCUCCAGCCAGAUAACGUGGUGAUGGCAUCAGUACGUAGUGUGGAGAUCAAGCUGGUUGACUUUGGCGCCGCACAGAAGGUUAGCAAGAUCGGCAACGUAGUCAAGUCGCUGGGACACCCCGAAUAUACAGCCCCGGAAGUACUCAAUGAGGAGUCAGCCUACCCCCAGACAGAUAUUUGGUCAGUCGGAGUUCUGACGUAUGUACUCCUCUCCGGUGUCUCACCAUUCCGAGGAGCCAACAAGGACGAGACACGGCAGAAUAUCAAUUUUGUACGAUUCCGUUUUGAGCACCUUUUCAAGGAGCUGACGCAAGAGGCAACGAGAUUCAUCAUGCUUGUCUUCAAGAGGCAUCCACACAAACGACCGACAGCGGAGGAGUGCCAUGAACACAGAUGGCUGUUGCCCACAGAGUUCAUGAUCAAGAGGAGGGAUCGUGCUGUGUUCCUCGGAAACAGGCUCAAGGAUUUCUGUGAACAGUAUCACGCAGAGAAGCAGCAUGAGAUGAGCAAGUACGAGUCGCUGACGAGUGCGGUGAGAAGUAUGGGCCCCAACGUGACUCGGUCGAACAGCAUCCAAGAGGAAAUUCUUGCAGUUUUCUAACUACCUCGACAUACUUGCUUCACUAAGGCUGUGGAAAUCUUGUCUUAACAUCGAACACAAGAUGAAUAUUUGUUAAUAUAUAUUUAUAUAUAUGUAUUGUUACCGUGAUGAAUGAUUUUGUUUUAUAAGAUAUAAUAUAAAACGAAGUUCCGCAUUCAAACAUUCACAUAUUAAUUAAUGCAAGUACAAAAUUGUAAUCUGGUAAAAUGGUAUUCGGGUGGAUUUUUAGGUCAUUUCUUAUUUUCAUCCUUUGUACAUAGUUGUUAUAUUUGUGAAAUAUUUAUUUCUAAGCUAUUUAAUAAUUAUAUGAAGUCGAAUAAGUCUGCUCACAUCAGUUUCUGUAUUUAUAUUCUUUGACUUCCAAUGCUGUACAAUUGUCAUGGUUUGUCAAUAAACCAUAAACAAUACUUGUAAUUUUCUUAUGUUCCUCCUUGUUUAUUAAAGUUCAUGAAAAUUGA